GCAUAACUUUCAACCAAAGGAAAAAAUGUCCUACUACGUCGCGCCCAGCCAGCAGCGCACUCUCCGCGCUUGCAUGGUCUGCUCUCUCGUCCAACUCCACAGCAAAUUCAUGCGCGAAGGCUGCCCCAACUGCGACAACGUCCUCGGCCUCCGCGGCAACAACGACGCCAUCCAAGAAUGCACAUCCCAGGUCUUUGAGGGCCUGCUGACACUCCGGGAUCCCACGACCAGCUGGGUGGCUCGGUGGCAGCGGCUGGAUAGCUAUGUCCCCGGGACAUACGCCGUCAAGGUGACCGGUUCGCUUCCGGAUGAGAUCAUUUCCAGCUUGGAGGACUCGGGGAUCAAGUAUAUUCCGAGGGAUGGUAGUACUGGCGAAGAGGAGGCGUAGGAACGGGGCCACUUGCUUCGAUAUUUGCUGAAUGACGAAGGCCGCGCGGCCUAGAAAUUCUGGGUGGAAGGGAAGGUGGAUUUCUAUUUUUUUUGUUCCUUGCGCGGUUGCACAACACUGGAGUUUUGGUUAGGUUGUUCUCUCGUACUAUAUGCGAUUCCGGGAAAUAUGGUUGCUUGCCCCUUGGUUUUCUUUUUACUGCGCCGGGGUUGCUCGUCUAUUCUUAUUUUUCCAAAGACGAGCUUUCAGAAAGGUUCAGAAGAUCAGCCCCAAACAAUGCUCGAUACCCGAUUAGAUG